UUCCUCACUCACUCAGUGACUCAGGCUUGUAAACAGUCAGAGUGUCGGGGAAGGAAGAAUCGUUUGCUGCUGCUGACCCACUGCUCCGGAAGUCAUGUCGGCUCUGUCCUUGUUGCUGGUCCUGCUGUCGGUUGCCUCAACCACCCUGAGCGUCAACCCGGGCGUGACGGUCAGGUUGACCGAUAAAGGCCUCCAAUAUGGGAAACAACUGGGCAUCGCCGCCAUGCAGGAGAAACUUAAAUCUAUCCAAAUUCCAGAUUUUUCCGGCUCAGAAAGGGUGUCUCCCAUUGGCAAAGUCAAGUACAGUCUGUCAAACAUACGGUUGGUGAACGUGGGGUUGCCGAGCUCUGCGGUGACUCUGGUGCCUGGGACCGGGGUCAGGCUGACCAUCGGAAAUGCCUUCAUGAAUCUGCAUGGAAACUGGAGGGUCAAGUACCUCAGAAUAAUAAAGGACAGCGGCUCUUUUGACGUGAAUGUCAAUGGACUCACAAUCAGCACGACUAUAGUCGUGAAAAGUGACGCUACAGGUCGGCCGGUGGUCAGCAAUACCAACUGCGUAGCCAAUGUGGCCAGUGCCAAAGUCAAGUUCCAUGGUGGAGCCAGCUGGCUCUACAAUCUGUUCAGCAAGUUCAUAAACAAGGCUCUACGAAACGCUCUGCAGAAACAGAUCUGUCCUCUGGUUGACAAGACAGUUACUGGUUUAAACCCUAAGCUGCAAACACUCAACGUGCUGGCCAAGGUGGACAAAUACGCAGAGAUUGAAUAUUCCAUGGUGUCAUCUCCGGUUAUUUCACAAUCGUCUCUUGAUCUGAACUUGAAGGGUCAGUUCUACAACAUUGGGAAGCACCAGGAGCCUCCGUUCAUUCCCGCAGCCUUUUCCCUGCCAUCCCAGAACAACAACAUGUUGUACAUGGCCCUGUCCGCCUUCACCGCCAACUCUGCAGGUUUUGUGUACAACAAAGCUGGAGUCCUCAGCCUGUACAUCACAGACGACAUGGUCCCCAAAGGCUCUCCGUUCCGACUCAACACCAAAACGUUUGGAGUCUUCAUCCCGCAGAUUGCAAAGCAGUAUCCAGGUCUGAUGAUGAAGCUGUUGGUGAGGGCUGAGAAAAGUCCCACCAUCACUUUCCAGCCCAACAAUGCAACCGCUGUGGUGACUGCCACGGUGACGGCGUACGCCAUCCAACCCAACGGCACACUUUCCCCUCUUUUCGUCCUAAACUUGGAGAGCAGCGUAAGCGCCGACGUGUACGUCAGAGGACUGAACAUUGCCGGACGCCUCAAUCUCAAUCAGAUGAAACUGUCUGUAGGAACCAGCUAUGUGGGACAGUUUCAGGUCGGCGUCCUUGACAGUGUGCUCCAAAUGGUCCUCAAAGUAAUAGUGAUACCCAUAGUUAAUGUUCAACUUGAUAAGGGUUACCCACUUCCUGCACUUGGAAAAAUGAACCUUGUGAACCCCCAGCUUCAAAUAAUGAAGGAUUACAUGCUGAUCGGGACAGAUGUUAACUUCACAGGUUGAACAGCAAAGACCCAAAGAUGGGAAGAAUACUGUGUUUUUCUUUUUAAACCAUUGUCAAAAUCAUUUUCAUUUUGGAGUUGUUUUUCUACAUUUGUGUGAUUUUUAUUUUAUUGUUUUCUCUCCUAAAAACUGUAGAUGAGAUGUUUGUAGAACUGGUGCCCUCUAUUAUUCCUUCUCAGGGAUAGUUCACUCCUUCCAAAGCAGAUUGCAGCACCUCUCGGCUGAUGACUUUAGCUAAAUUCUGUUUGAAAGUUUCUAGCUUAGUGAAAUGAUUCUGUGAAU